UAUAGUCCACUAUAGUCGAGACGAAUGUAAAUAAUGAUUAGUGUAACGAAAAAUUUGUGAACAUAUAGUAUACAAAUACCUUAUAAUUAGUGUUUUUAAGUAAGAAAACAUGGGUCGCCGUUCGAUAAAUACCACGAAAAGUGGGAAAUAUAUGAAUCCCACUGAUCAAGCACGUAAAGAAGCGCGUAAAAAGGAGUUAAAGAAAAAUAAAAAACAGAGACAAUUAGUGAGAGCAGCUGUUUUAAAGGGCAAAGAUCCUGCUCAAAUUAUCGAAGAAAUGGAAAAGAUAGACCAAAUGGAAUACAAUGUCAUGCAACCUCCACCUCUUAACGAGAAAGUAUUAAAAGAUAAAAGGAAAAAACUAAAGGAGACUUUAGAUCGUGUGUUAAAAAUGUAUGCAAAAGACGAUCAAGAAAAAUGGUCGGAGUUAAAAGAACAACUGAUACAAUACGAACGCAGAAGGAUAGAUUUAGUAUCUUAUUUUGAAGCCGUGCGGCAUGCUCAACAAGUACAAGUCGAUGAAAUUCCGUUACCUUCGGCUGGUAAUGAUAUAUCCAGAAUGUAUUCAGGUUCUUUAACAUCGCAAAUACCUUUGCCGGACAUGCCACAACCACCGGCACACAUGUAUCCUCCUCAUCCACAUUACAUACCACAACAUCAUCCACUUAUGAACAUACCGAUACCACCAAGUAUUUUGAAAAAAACAAGCGCAUAUGCAUCGUCUCCAUCCAUACCUACAUUAGCACCUAAUAAAGAACCACCCGGUGUACCACCUUUCCCUCCUCCAGACUUAUCCAGCGACGAUGAAGAUGUAUCUGAAAAGGUUAAAGAACCAACAACAAAAUCAAGGACAAUCCGAUUCGCAGACGAUAAAGAAGAUAACAAGCAAGAAUUAGACAGUAAGGAAAAAGAGACGGACAAGGAUAAAGAAAGAGACAUGUCGAAAGUAAAGCCAACUACAUUGCAACAGAAAAUGUUGGCUAUGGCGGGGCAAGACAUUGAUCAGUUUAUGCGUGAAAUGGAAGUAGUUCAUAAGAAACGUGAAACUGAACGUGCCCAAGACCUGAAUGCUCGAUUAUCGUUGCUCGAAGCAGAAAAUGAAACUAAUUCGAAAUCUAGUAAUAAAUCUAAUACUAACAAAACGGAAGAAGAAGAUCUUGAGCCACCAGGAGCAUCGGACCACUCUUCGAACCACAAUCAACAUACGUCAUCGCACUCUCAUUCUCAACAUACGCAACCUCAUACAAUGCCUCCUAUGGGAUUACCGCCUCAUCCUUUAAUGUACAGACCACCACCACCCCCGUUGCAUUUGAGAAUGCCACCUCCACCACCGCCUCGUAUUGGACUUCGAUUACCACCUGGUCCGCCACCUGGAAUGCCAAGAAUGUUACGGCCCGGACCGCCAAGUAUGCCUAGAAUGCCACCACCGCAAAUGCAAAUGCCCAAUUUAUCAAAUAUGACGAACAUAGGAAAUCCUCAAAUGCAGACGCAAUCUGGAACAGGGUCACAGCCCAAAACGCCCAAUGUUCUUUCCGCUGCUCCGCAGUUAAUUAAUAGGAAAGACAAAGAUGGGAAGAGUACCACGACUAUCGAAGCAAAACCGCAGAUUAGAAAUUUAGCUGCCGAUGUUACGAGAUUUUUACCUACUUCUCUUCGCGUGAAAAGGGACGAUAAGAAGAAACCAAGUACAUUGUUCAGACUUGUUGAGAGAAUACCAGAAACACAACCAUUACGAACGCCUCAACCUAAAACUAAAGAUGAUGCAUACAUGCAGUUUAUGCAAGAAAUGGAAGGAUUACUUUAAAUUUAUAUUACAUUGUAACUUUCAACUUUAUUGAGAUAGAAAACGUUGAAAUUCUGUAAGAUAUGUUACGUCUCUUAUUGCUAUAAUCAAAAUAAUUAAUAUAAAUUUCUUAAUUUAGUAUCCCAUCAUUUCGUCAACAUUGUACGUUCUUAUUUAAAUGCA